AUGAAGAACGUUUCGUUUGCGAGUGGCGGUCUGACGCUCUCAUCGAUCCUCCGAAAGGAACUCGAGCAUCAUGAUGACAUUAUGAAGCUCUUUUGGUUUGCUGGAAUGAUGAGCAGCUUAGACACUCGCUGUAACCCUGCAAAGGCGUUCAAAUUUCUGCUAGACAAUGUUGCAUUUGCCAAUAGAAUCAGAAGAGUAGACUUGAGUAAUUCCACAUUUUUUGUUAAUAGCGAGUCUUACACUCUCUACCAAAAGGGCGUAUUCACCAAGGGUAUUUCCAUAUUGGUGUACAUGCAAUACAAGUUGAUACUGAUGGAUGCGUCCGACGUUUUAAAAAGGGCUACGCAAGUUUAUCUCCCCAGCACAACGCGCAAAGUACUCCCAAAAACAAGAACAAAACGUCACCGUGUUUCUCCCAAGGCCGUUUUGGAAAGGGCUGACUUUUCCAUUUGUGACGACUUGAACAAGGGGUGCAUGUAUAAUCGUAUGAUAACCGGAAUCGGAAUAUACAGUCAGUACGAGUUUGACCACGAUAAUCUCAUCCUUAACCACCAAAGAAAGAUAUACAAGUGGACCUCUAGUGGUUACAACAAUGUAGAUCCGAUUGAACGAGGGUAUUCUGAGAAGAGCAAACCUACAAUAACAGAUGAUGAACGCAAAAUCGUUAUACCGAAAUACUUGGAUGAUAUAAGCGAUUCAAAGGACGAUUUUGAAGAUCUGAGACUGAAAUAUGUUAAUGGCAAAAUCCUUGGUCUCUAUGACAACAACACCGAGUUUUGUCCGUACUCAAAGAGGUUUUACGAGGCAAGCCGUAAGAAGAGGAGAGUGUUCAGCAUCUCAGAAUCCGGCAACAUUCUUUCCAGCCUCAAGAGAGAAGCAUUAUCAGACAGUGAUGACAAAACUCUUCCAAGAAUGUUGAUGGCCAACUUCAAUCGCAAAUAUGAAAAGUACAUUAAUGGUCCAAAGAAUGUGGUCAAGAAAAUUUUUAAGAGGAGCCAAACAGGUUGUUACAAGAGUGGGAAUGUUUGUCGAAAUCAACGUUUUAACAAGGAGGAUAAACCGAGUGUAAUGGAAAGCAAUGACCUAUACGAAGAACUAAAGGAAUUUUGCAGCAAAGAGGGAGACGGACCAACAUUCUACUUUCAGAGCUUCGUUUCUACAAAAAGCACAAGGUAUAAAGCAGCCACGACUCUUUUAAACUUGCUAAAUCUGGCCACUCUGGGAAAAAUUGGCCUAGCUAGCAGCUCUCACGGAAUAGCCAUAACGGUGCAAGAAUGA